AGUGAGUGGUGGGUGCGGCAUCCCUGACAUACAAAGAACAAGUGAUUAUAGUCCUCACCCCGUUUUAUGCUACAAAUUAGCGACCCAGCACCGACAGCCUUGGAAACGUUGUCUGCCACUCCAGCAGCAUCAUUUUUGCCUGGUCUACUAACUCCAGUUUUCUACGUCAAGAAACAUGGCUGACGCUAUUACUCUCGCGCGUGAACGCCUCGCGGCCAAGUUCGGUGACGUCCGUACGGGCGGCAAGGGCACGGUGCGCCGAAAGCGCAAAGCCGCCCACAAGACGGCCACGGCCGACGACAAGAAGCUGGGCGCGACCCUGAAGAAGCUGGGCGUGACCCCCAUCCCCGGCGUGGAGGAGGUGAACCUCUUCAAGGCUGACGGCCAGGUCAUCCACUUCCAGAGCCCCAAGGUGCAGGCCUCGAUCGCCUCCAACACGUACGCCGUGUCGGGCUUCAACCAGACCAAGUCGCUGCAGGAGCUGCUGCCGGGCAUUAUCAACCAGCUGGGCCCGGACAACCUCGCUAACCUCAAGCAGAUCGCCGAGUCGUACACGGCCGCCCAGAAGGCCGCCAAGGCCGCUUCGGCCGCCGCUGCUGACGAUGACGACGACGAGGUGCCCGACCUUGUGGACAACUUCGAGGACGUUAGCCAGCAGGAUUAAGAGAAACGCGAGGAGACGGUCUGUAGCUACAGAGGGGCUCACAGGGACGCGACGUGUUGGAGGCCACUUUAUCGCCCGCCUUUGAUGUCCUAUAGGUUUCGCAUCAGGGAGCGUAAUUUCUUAAGAGAAUCCCAGUACAACUAGUACGCCAGGCAUAACAUCGGAGCAGUGGAAGAACUGCGCGUGGCUGUGUUUUAUUAUUGCGUCUGUAAGAGGAUAUUUGCUAUGAUGACAGGUUUUAAACACAAAGAAUACGGUGGAUAUAUCCUUCCAUUCAGCAGUUGAGUUAGCCCUAUAUCCGC